AUGCCAGAAAGUUCAACUACUUCACAUUCCACAGGAUAUGACGCCCAAAGACGAUACAUUACCACUCAUGAUGCGGAAGGUCAUUCCAUAUUUACGGACACCGUUCAUCCGACCGCGGAGUACAAGCGUAUCAGCCCAGACCUGGAAUUCUUCCUAGCAUAUGCCAAUACCACUUUUCCUGUCGAAAUGGACCGAGACUGUGAUGUAGCUGGUUACGAAAGGCUACUCGCCGGUCCACAACCACCGAUCUCAAUUACCAGCGGGACAGUGCUGCGCGCCUGCAACCUUGCACCAAAUUCAGUCACUCCGAUGCACAGAACGCUGAGCCUCGACUUUGGCAUCGUCAUUGCCGGAACGGUGGAGCUGGUGCUGGACUCGGGAGAGUCACGACUUCUCAAGCCUGGUGAUAUCGCCGUGCAACGAGGGACGAUGCACGCAUGGCGCGUCCCCAGCGGUGACACGUGGUCAAGAAUGGUUUUCAUUUUACAGGCGGGGAAAGCGCAAGAGAUCAACGGCCGGCUACUAGAGGAUGACUAUGGUGGUAUUCCUGUACCUUCAGCUAAUGACUUUGGUGGUCAUGACAAGGUAUCAUAA